AUGACCCUUUUUUUCUUAAAUAGUUAUCAGUAUAAGCACACAGGGAUACACUUAGAAGAACAAAAAUAUUAGCGCUUAACAAAUAAAUAAUGAGGGGUGAUAUGAGAUCAAACCGAGAACUCCGAACAGAUGGAGGAACACUUCAACCUGACUCAAGCAGUAGUAGCUCUUCACCACAUUCCACUUCAAGUCACGAUGAGGAAAUACUGGAAGUAACUGGAGCAGGAUUUAUGCCGAAACCAAUAUAUAAUUUCUCAAUACCUGAUGUUAUCAAACACGAGCCACGUGUGGAACGAAAUGAAAAUAGAUUUGAAAAUAGUGAUGCACUAAUACGUAGAAAGCGUGGACAUCAAAAUUUUAGAGAUAAUGUUGCGUUUGAUGAGAACUCACUUUCUGUCUGCAAUAAGCGAAGGAGAAGAUCUAUAACUGCAGCUGUUGCUGUUGAAAAUAUUAUAGAGGAGGCUAAUAAUGAUGAUGACUGUCACCGUCCUCCUGUUAUCGAUUUGACUGACAUUGACUCUCAUGAUGAGUAUCAAAGUGCUCAUUCUGAUUCAGAAAUUAACAAUGUGCCCAUCACAGAAACAAGACCUCUCCACCAUGCUUCGUCAGCAAAUUCCUUUAAUGAAGUGCUUUCAGAUUUGCAACGCUUUCGACAACAAAUUGAAGAUUCGCAAGAAAACAGAUUCAGUCGUUGUCGUGCGUCUUCGAUUCAACGUCUUCAGCGUUUGCGACGCCGACGUACACCGCGAACGAUUAUUACCGACGGCCCGAUUGUUUCAGACGACCUGCUGUUCGGGUCACCCGAAGCGAUUGAUGUGUCAACUCCUGAGGCUACAACAGCUGAUGACUCAGUUUUACUUGUGAACGAGGUUCGAGGAAAUCAAACUGCUACUGCUGAUGAUGACGAUCAUUCCAUUGCUCUUCGAAUGGCUCACGAUCCAACCUACUCUCCACCGUACCACUCUCCUGCGGACGGUCUUUCAACCGCGCAAUAUCGUACUUGGAGGCAUGGAAGAGGUGAUGAGUCUUUUGUACAAUUCCAAGAAACAAUUCGUUCAUUUCGUCAGAGAAGUCGUGAACGGCUUGAACAAGCACGGCGUAUCACUCAGGAAGCUCACGAACGUCUCGCGCGUAUACACGAUAGUAUCAAUAACCUCCGACAUGGUGGUACGCCAACUUACAAUACAACCGAUGCAAGCAAUUCUGCUAAUGGCAGUACCGAACGCGAGGUAGAAGAUAGAAUCGAAAGAACUGGGCACGAAGCGAAUAACGAUGACGUUGAAAUUACACAUGAAUGGAAUCCUCGUAGUGUGGAUUAUAUACAAUCUCCUGUUAACCUUUUGUCUCCUCUACCCCCAUCCUUCCAUUCGAUGCAGAGGCGACAUUUUUCUUCGGUACCAGACCUCCUACGGCCAUUUAUGAACUCUUUCUUGACGCCUGUACCGCCCCCUCGCUUACACCACCUGCACCACAUCCAAGAAGAUUACGAGGCUUUGCUAAGUCUAGCGGAGAGAAUUGGGCCGGCAAAACCCAGAGGUCUAAAUAAGGCUGAAAUCGAUCUUAUACCUUCGUUUCGGUACAGUUCGCUCACUGCUAAAGAAACGAACACUAAAUGCGUGAUAUGCAUGGGUGAAUAUAACAACCGUGAGAAAUUACGCCGCCUUCCCUGCACACACGAUUUCCACUCGAAAUGUAUAGAUAAAUGGCUUCGGUCCAACAAGACUUGCCCUAUAUGUCGAGACGAAGUAAACCCAUCUGAGUAAACCGUGUUCACACUACAUAUGUACGUCAAUAUGUUCUUGCUUCUGUGGAUGAAGUGCCUUCGUGAACGCAUGAACUCAAGUCCUCUGUGAGCAACGAAGAUUAAUAUAGUAGCUGGCUACUGUUGCUAUGGACAAACUGACCACACAUUAAUUAAUGCACAUGUAAUUAAUAUUGUUGCUAUGGAGAUAUUCUUGUGGCUAUUUCACAAGAAAAAAAGUACCGUGGUUUUCUUUGAUUUAAAUUUGAAACCUCUUUUUUUUCCGCAUAAAUAAUAUUAAUAUCAUGCAUAUCUAAUUCU